AGCCCGUUAGGCCAUGACGCCACUACUCUGUCCCCCCGCGCCACACGCCCGGCUAGCCACGCCAGCCACGCCAGCGGGAGGCGCGCGUCUAUAUUACAUAGUCUGCUAUUAUGCCAUCUACUAGUUAUGCACUUGGCACAUCCUUUUCGCCUUGUCACCAUCCCACCCUCCCUCUGCUACAUACUGCAAGUACAACAAGAGCCUGCUCCACCAGCCCGGUGCCUGGACACUCCCACCCCAGCGGCUGCACCCUCCUGUCCAUUGCACGAUCAACAGCACCAGCGUGUUCGGCCGCCGGGCCUGGCCUGGCCCGGCGAUCACGGCCCCCUGUCGCGAGCCCGAGUGGAGACUGCCCCAAUUUCCUUUCGUACGGGGGGAACACCGCAAGCUGCAAUCGCAUGGGGGUAUAGCAGUCAUCCGACUGCUUACAUAGUAGUACUGUCUAUCCACAUGGCCAACAACAACCACUCCUGCCACGGGGCCACGCGCCCGUGGCUCUCCAACACUGCAGCAUCAACGC